AUGGCCUCGGCGCCAAUCAUGCGAAGCCUCUCGAGGCGUCCCUUGCUGCACGACUUCUCGCCGAAUCUCGCCUGCCGUAACUGCAAGCUCCAGCGUCGUCGAUUUGCGUCUGCUCGGCCUCCAGUGUCGGGCUUGGCUGCUUUGUCCUCGAGGCAGCUGCUUUCUGUGACGGGCCCCGACGCCGCCAAGUUUCUACAGGGAAUCAUCACCGCCAACGUCGUCUCCAGCAAGGGCGAGCCCCGGACCGAUGCUUUCUACACGGGGUUCCUGAAUGCGACGGGACGAGUGCUGCACGAUGUCUUUAUAUACCCGGUUCAGGGGGAUGGCUUCUUGAUCGAGGUGGAUGCGGCGCAGAUCAACGCGCUGGCAAAGUAUAUCAAGCGGUACAAGCUCAGGGCCAAAGUGGCCUUCCGAGCGAUGGAAUCCGGGGAAACAUCUGUGUGGCAUGCGUGGAACGACGCUCCCGGUUCGCAGCUCAACAUCGCACCGAACGAAUCUAGAAUUGUCUACCAAGAUCCUCGAGCGCCUGGCUUGGGAUACAGAAUCAUCCAGCUUGCCGGCCAAAAGGCGCCCGAGGUGGACAUUGACCAGACGACCGAAGACGCCUACACGAUUCGCCGAUACCUACACGGCGUCGCGGAGGGCCAGGACGAGAUCCUACGCGAACAGGCGCUGCCCCUCGAGAGCAACAUGGAGUUUAUGAACGGCGUCGACUUCCACAAGGGCUGCUACGUAGGCCAAGAGCUGACCAUCCGCACCAAGCACCGCGGCGUCGUCCGCAAGCGCAUCCUGCCCUGCGUCAUCUACGACAAGGCCAAGGCGGCCCCCCCGAGCCUCGUCUACGAGCCCGAGAGCGGCUCCCCCGAGACGCUGACGGCGGACAUGAUCCCCGCCGAGACCAGCAUCGGGCGGUCCGGCAAGCGAGGCCGCAGCGCCGGCAAGUGGCUUCGCGGGGUGGGCAACGUUGGGCUGGGGCUGUGUCGUCUGGAGAUCAUGACGGACGUGGUGCUGCCGGGCGAGCAGGCGGCCGCGACGUUCAAGGACGGCGACGAGUUUGAGCUGGAGUGGGGAGAGGAGGACAACAAGAGCGGCGUCAAGGUCAGGGCCUUUGUGCCGGAGUGGCUGAGACGGAGGCUGGACGAACAGCACCAAUAA